CUUACCACACUGGCGGAAGCCUUCAAGCAGCAGGCAGUAUCCGAGAUCCGAGAAAGCAGGUGGACGCGUUUCACCCUCCGCCUGCUGCGACUCAUUGACGGGAGCUCUCUGGACGACCUGAAGGAGAGCUGGUCACAUGGACUUCACGGGUGGCAGGCUUUUGCAUCGGUGUUGACGGACAAGAUCAACAGCCGCCCCACGGCAGUUUUCGCGCAGGAAAUUGCCGGCCACUGUGCCAAAGGGGACAAAGCUCUCCAGGCUUUGGACGAGAAGAUAACCAACCAGGCCAACUGA